AAAACCGGUGACACAUAUGCGACCUUUUUUUCAUGCGAUAUGCGCAUGGGCUUAAGUUAUCCGAUUCGGAGAGAUGCCCAAAUUUCGUACGCUUCAUGACGGAGGACAUGGACGUUGACUUAAUGUCUGGCAAUGCUGAAGUAGUUCAAAUUCAUAUAGCCAACACGAUCGAGCCAAUGGACGAUUACGCUGUUGUCAUUGACUAUUCCAAGCUGGGUCACGAUGUUUUUAAAAAGGCAAAGGAUGCAUGUCGUUACAGAUCCAUGUUUCUACACGACUACGGUCAUGUAACUUCCAGGCUAUGCUCAUCUUCCGCGUUGUGGGACAACGUCACCUAUGUACAGGCAUACCUACCCGAAAUUCACGCUUACAUGUGUCGGCUUCGGAAAAGAUGGGGCAGCGUGACAGGAUACGUAGUGGCCGGAGGCUACAGUUGUUUUUUGAAUACGCUUCCAUUACACAAAAAUAUGAAACGAUUAGUAUCCGAUGCAAAAGGUCGAAUGGCAGAUUAUAAAACUGGUUUCGAGGUACUGAGAACGUCAGCUUCCUUGAGAAUAGAAGAAGUAAGGACUUUUCAAGGUUCAACGUGUUUAAAGAACGCACAAAAUUCUUUUGAGAACGUAGGCUUCUUGACCAGCAGCGCUAAGAAAUUCUUCGAAUGCGGUUCCGUGUGCGUAGCUAGCAACUGGACUAGAUAUAUGACUUGGCGUAUCCAGGGAGAUUUGGAUUUUCUAGUUAAGUGUUACGAUCUAGUUAAUGCAACGGCAGGGAAUUCGCUAACACGAGCAACCAUAGAAGAGUGUUACGAUUCCGAACUGCGUUUACGUUAUUUUUUAUAUGGGCGUUGGCCUAAUUGUCCCGAUGCCCGUAUUACUUGGUUGCUGAAUAGUCCAAGGGAAGGAUUCAGAGGUGCAAAUGUUGAAGAAGGCACGUAUGUAUUUAGGCGACAGACUGCUGGUGAAAUGCUCAAGCUAAGCGAGCGACGACAGUUACGGCAACCUCCCAUCACCUUUAAGGAUGAGUUUUUCGGAUGGCCAUUUAUGAAGGUGGCGAUUGUUGAAAUGACGCAGUACUAUCCCGAAGAGGAAACAGACUUGGACAAGCAAGCCAAUCAAACGUUGGAUUUAAAAAUUCAUUUUUUGAUGACAAGGCUUAUCGGAUUUUCCCGAUUGAAUCACGGUUUCUCCGAUUAUACUUUUCGUUUUGUCGAACAUGCUUUUUCUAGACGAGCUAUACAAACCAUGAUAUUAAAACAAGGCAAAGAUCAGAUGGAAAAAGCUUACAUAAGUGGUGUUGUUCCAGUGUCGACUCUUGUUAAGAGUAUAUUGAAUCCCAAUACAAAAACAGGCAUGUUAAUCAGAAGCACCGUAUAUCUACCCGAACCCAUGGAUCAUUGGCAAAAUGUAAUUCGGAAUUUCGUAAAAAAACACGUUCAAGUAUUCCCGAUGGCUUUGCUGAGCAAAAAAGCAUCAUCAACGUUACAAAUGGUACGAGAUUCGGGACCCAACAGUUAAGGAAAAAGAAGAGGCACAUACGCUCGAUCCCGAAUAUAUCAAAUGCCUCAAUCUCAAGCAGUUUCAACCAAAAAAGAUAGACAGAAGAUUAUUAAAUUUAAAGCAAAACAAGUCGAUGGUUAAGCCAUCGGUGUCAUCCAAGGCCUCACAGACGGAAAACACUACUUGCGAAAACGUUGUAUACAAGCAAAGAAAAUUUAAUGUAAAAUUAUUCCUCGAGCGACAAUCGUCAAAAAAAAGACGCCCGCCUACGGAAAUGGUAGAGGACAAGAAUGAGGACGAAGUCAGUGACUCUGAUAAAUCGACGUCAUCAUCGUCAACGACAGCAGAAGCAACAUCAGAGACGGAUGCAUCCAUUCCUGUAGCGACAGCGGCAAACAGAAGAAUAAGAAGACGCGUAAAAAUACAAUCGUCAUCCUCAUCUUCGUCGUCGUGAUAUGAAUUAAGAAAAAUGUAAUUAAAAAUACACGUAUUAAUGCAUCAUUUGAAAA